CCAUCCUGCCCGCCUGGUGAAAGGCUCUGCAGCGCGCCGGGUGGGAGGGCUUCCGAGUUUAGCAGGGCGGCUUCCGGAAGGCGGAGCUCCAGUCCCCACUUCCUUUCUCUGGGCUGGUUCUGGCCCAGCUGCACCUGCGUGUGGUCCUCGCUUCCAGGCUCCUGCAGCUCGGCGGCCGCAGCAGCAUGGGCGGCGCGCGGGACGUGGGCUGGGUGGCAGCGGGGCUGGUCCUUGGCGCCGGCGCCUGCUACUGCAUCUACCGGCUGACUCGGGGCCCGCGGCGAGGCGGGCGCCGACUGCGCCCUUCGCGGUCCGCAGAAGACUUAACAGAUGGCUCCUAUGAUGAUGUCUUAAGUGCCGAACAACUCAAGAAACUUCUGUACCUGCUGGAGUCAACUGAUGAUCCUAUAAUUAUUGAGAAAGCCUUGGUCACCUUGGGGAAUAAUGCAGCCUUCUCAGUCAACCAAGCCAUUAUUCGUGAGUUGGGCGGUAUCCCAGUCGUCGGAGACAAGAUCAACACUGUGAACCUCAGUAUUAAAGAGAAAGCUUUAAACGCUCUAAAUAACCUAAGUGUGAAUGUGGAAAAUCAAGCUAAGAUACAGAUAUACGUUCAUCAAGUCUGCGAGGACGUCUUUGCUGAUCCCCUGGACUCAGCCGUGCAGCUGGCUGGACUGAGGCUCUUAACAAACAUGACCGUCACCAAUGACUACCAGCACCUGCUCAGCAGCUACAUCGAGGGCCUGCUCCACCUGCUGCUUAUUGGGAACGGGAGCACCAAGGUUCAGGUUUUGAAACUGCUUUUGAAUCUGUCUGAGAACCCAGCCAUGACAGAAGGACUACUGAGUGCCCAGGUGGAGUCUUCAUUUCUUUCCCUUUAUGAUGGCCAAAUAGCAAACGAGAUUCUCCUCCGGGCACUCACGAUGUUUCAGAAUAUAAACAGUUGCCUCAAAGUGGAAGGCCGCUUAGCCAACCAGCCUCCUUUCGCUAAAGGGUCACUGUUCUUCCUGCUGUACGGAGAAGAGUGUGCCCAGAAGAUGCGCGCUCUCGCUUGCCAUCACGAUGUGGCUGUGAGGGAGAAGGCUUUAGCAAUAAAGCCCAAGUUCUGAUUGCCUGCUCCAGCUUUCUUUUUUUUUU